CCCGGACCGGAAAUGCUGUUGGAAAAACCACCCACAAGGAGGGAAAUUGAAAGAGAAAAGUACGUUUCGUUCUUAAAAACAACGUACCUGUAGUAAUUAUUAAUAGACAUAAAAGGCACGCGUUUCAGAGCAGUUUUCAAACAAACGAAGCAACUACAAAGGAAGUAACUUUCCUUGGCUUUCGACUCGCUCUUGGAGAGGCACUGCUCUACUGUCUGAAUUUGAAGGAGUAGUCAACGGAAUUUUGGUGUCAAGAUGAAAAGUGGGACCACCUUCCUCUCGCCUCCCCCUUCUCCAUCUGUGCCCCCAAUCCCCCUGUCUUCCUCACCUGCACUGACGCUUUGUUCUGAACUUGAUUUGUCUGUACUGGCCAGCCCAGGCCCGGAGCACCCCAAAAGACACAUGAAAAAAAAAGGAGGAAGAAAGAGAAAUACAAAGGUGCAUUGUGAGGAGCCUGCUGUGGUGAAAGUAAUAUCAGAGCCACAAGUUUCACUGCAGAGUCUCGCACAACCUCAGCAACCAACCAGCAAUCAAAGGAGGUGGAGAGAUAAUUUCCAUAGGAACCAGAAUCCAAAUAAUGGAGCCACAAUCCAGAGUGCGGCGCUAAACGCUGCGGCGUUCUAUGACCACCCAGACAAUCUUGAGGAGGUGGAGCUCAACACUACAUUGGCUCUAAGAGCAAAGAUGUUGGCGUUGCAGGUGGAAGAGUUUGACACACACAAAGCUGUUCAAGAGACCUUACAAAAAGUGGAGAGAAAAAAACAGAUAAACAACAGAGCAACACAAGGAAUCAACGUCUCUUUGUCUCAGACCCUUUUCAGCUCAUUGGUCAGCGUGGAUGUGCCUGACAGUGAUCUGAUAAGCCACGCUGUUAAAGAGAAGCUGGUUUUAGCCCCACCAACCCGAAGUCUUGACAACAAAGCAGCAGCAAGCCCCUCCCCACACAUCUUUUUUACCUCUGACUUGUUCAGACAGAAGCCACUCCCCCUGGAGGAUGAGCGAGUCAAUAGCAACCCUGUCCCGUCACCUCGUCCGGGCUCCUCUACGUUUGACCUUUACAGACGACGUUGUCGUUGGGAAGCCACCCCUUAACACCCCUUUUAUUUAUAUUGUGCAUUUGAAGCUGCUUUUAUUUAUUUCAUCCAAUAUUUUCAUUAGCAUAUGUCCUAAUUUUUUGUCAAAGGCAAGCUGAAGCAUAUCUCAACUAAGUCUGGGCCAGAAGUGCAGAACACCCUAGAAAAGUGCAAUUGUUUAAAUAAAGUAUAUU